AUGAAGUUUAUAACCAACAAGCUCCUUUCGAGGAAACAGUUCGUGGUGGAUGUGUUGCAUCCAAGGAAAGCAAAAGUUUCCAAGGUAUAUUGGCCUUUUCGCAGUGUGAUUGGCCAUUUUUUGUUCUUUCCAUUUUUUUUCUUUUGCAUCUCUUCUUUUCUUGACUUCAAUGAAUCGUUCGUUCUUUGUUGUUGUUCAAUCUCGAAGGCUGAGCUGAAAGAGAAACUUGGGAGCUUAUACGAAAUUAAGGAUCCAAACACGAUAUUCGUGUUCAAAUUCCGUACUCAUUUUGGCGGCAGGAAAUCUACCGGGUUUGGGCUGAUUUACAACUUUGUUGACAAUGCGAAGAAGUACGAGGCCAAGUACAGUCUGAUUAGGGUUUAG